AUGAAAAUCUUUCUUUCAUCUACUGCUUCGGUAUUUUUCUGCUUCGUGCUACAACUUUUUGUGGGCAUAGCCAUCUGUGAAAAUGUCCACAAAGCUAACAAGUGUCUCGGUCCUGACGAAUGGAGGUUUGAUUGCUAUCCUGGAACCACCAACAACCAAGCCAGUUGUGAUCGAAGAGGUUGUUGUGGAUGGGCUGCAAUAGCAAGGGUCAGCAAUAGUAGUGGUAGUAGUAGUAGUAGUAGUAGAAGUAGUAGUAGUAGUAGUAGUAGUAGUAGUGGUGGUAGUAGUAGUAGUAGUGAUAGUAGUAGUAGUAGCUGCUACUUUCCGACAAAUUAUCCUUCCUACAAGCUCGAAAAUUUAGUUAACCUUGCAAAUGGUCACAAGGGAUUUUUGAUAAGUCAGGGUAAUUCUUCCUGGCCGAAUAAUAUCCGUAAUUUAACGCUCUACGUCUGGUAUCACAGUAGAAAGAUACUUCAAUUCAAGAUUGUCGAUUCAGAAAGCUGGAGGUAUGAGGUUCCGAUCCAUACGCCCGAACCUCCAACUAGCAAACCUGACGAUGUCGACUAUAAUGUUGAUUUCGAAUUCAAACCUUUUGGUAUCAAAGUAACUAGACAUAAUUCCAACGAAAUAUUAUUCAACAGUCUCAUUCCCGGCGCACCUCUGAUAUACGCAGAUCAAUUCCUCCAAAUAAGUACACUUCUUCAAUCAAAUAUUCUGUUUGGCUUGGGAGAGGACGGUCGCCAUGCUUAUAAAUGGCGUAGGUAUUCUUACUGGGCUCGUGACCUAACACCAAUGAGCGGGUCCACAUUAAUAGGCGAGCACCCGUUCUAUAUAAACGUCGGCAACAGGAGUCGCAAUUCACACGGCGUUCUGUUUCUUAAUAGUAAUGCAGUGGACUUCGACGUACAGCCAACUCCAGCCCUGACCUUCCGUUCGAUAGGUGGCGUCCUUGAUUUCUACAUCUUCACCGGCCCAACCAUGGAAAAUGUUGUGCAACAAUACGUCCGGUUCAUUGGAAUUCCCGCCAUGCCGCCAUUUUGGGCAUUAGGGUUUCAUCUCUCAAAUUCGAACUACCAGGACAUUGACCAUUUGAAGAGUAUUAUUGAGAGGAACAGAGAUUUAGGCAUCCCAUACGAGGCACAGUGGAUCGGUGUGGACCACAUGGAGAAUGGGAAGAUGUGGACCUACGAUGGCACUCGUUACAAAGGUUUGCCUCAUUUGGUGGAGGAACUGCACAACAAUUCCAUGAAAUCUAUCAUUACACUGUACCCAGGUAUCAGCAGAAUGUAUCCAGGCCACUAUCCGCCAUACGAUAGAGGAAUACAACAAAACGUAUUCAUACGAAACUCUGCGGGAGACAUAUUGGAGGGGAGGUUAGGGCCCGGGCCGACCGUGUACCCCGAUUUUACACAUCCUAACGCUUCAAGCUGGUGGUUGGAAAGUGCUGAAGAUUUCCAUAAAGUUUUGCCAUUUGAUGGACUAUGUCUCGAUAUGAACCAACCAUCGAAUUUGGAUUCCGGCUCUACUUUUGGCUGUACAAACGAUAGCCUGGAUCGACCUCCCUAUGUUCCAGAUACCAGAGGAAAUGGAAAACUGGAGCAUAAAACCUUGUGUGCUUCGGCCCGUCAAUACAUUUCAACGCACUAUAACCUGCACAAUUUGUAUGGACUGAGUAUGGCGAUGGUUACACAGAAAGUGCUCGCUAAAAUAAUCGGCAAGAGGACUCUGUCAGUUUCAAGAUCUACAUUUCCAAGUCAUGGAAAGUAUGGACAGCAUUGGUCAGCCGGUUGGAAAUCUGAUUGGGAUGACAUGAGAUAUUCUAUAAAAAGUUUGUUAAACUCACAAAUGUUCGGCAUCCCGUUCGUCGGGACGGAUGUUUGUGGAUUCGCCGACGACUCCAAUGAAGAUCUAUGCAUCAGAUGGACCCAACUCGGAGCUUUCUACCCAUUUAUGAGGAAUCAUAAUGACGAAGACAACGCCAGCCAGGAUCCAGGGGCUGGACGAUGGAGCUCAUACGCCCGGAAAAUAAUGAAAGAUGCCAUCGAGCUAAGAUACUCCCUCUUGCCAUUCAUGUACACUCAGUUUUAUCUGAACCAGCUAGACGGCAGUCCAGUCAUUCGGCCUUUGUCUUUUGCAUUCCCUAAUGAUUUAGAAACGUACUACGCCACGAAACAGUUUCUAUGGGGCACCUCACUUUUGGUCAGCCCUUUCUUAGAGCCUAUUAAAAGCUAUUUCAGAUCUGAAGGCUACCUCCCAAGGGGAGUAUGGUACGACGUAUUCACUCAUCACAGUAAACGGAGUUAUGGAGGUUUUUAUCUUUUGGACAGUAGUUACGAAAAAAUAAAUCUCUAUAUAAGAGGUGGGAGUGUUUUGCCUCGCCAGAAGUCGGCUGUUACAACUGCUUUAAGUCGUAAGAACCCCAUAAGUUUAUUAGUUGCAAUGGAUAUGAAUCAGACCGCCAGUGGUGAAUUGUUUUGGGACGAUGGUGAAACAUUUGGUAAGUUGUGGUGA